AUGGCUGAACUGUACCCCGACCUCAAGGACCGUCCUGUCAAGGAGACUAUCUGCCUGUUCGAUGUUGAUGGAACUCUCACACCUGCAAGACAGUCUGCUUCUGCUGAGAUGCUGAAGACCUUGUCCAAGCUCAGACACAAGUGCGCAAUUGGGUUUGUUGGAGGCUCUGACCUUGCUAAACAACAAGAACAAUUGGGCACCCCUUCUCUCCCUGUCACCACCCUGUUCGACUUCUGCUUCGCCGAGAAUGGUCUCACAGCCUACCGUCUGGGCAAGCCGAUGCCCUCCAACUCCUUCAUCCAGUGGCUUGGGGAAGAGAAAUACCAGAAGCUGGCCAAGUUCUGUUUGAGAUACAUUUCCGAGCUUGAGGGUCUUCCUCGCAUGCGUGGAACGUUCAUCGAAUUCCGAAACGGCAUGAUCAACGUCAGCCCGGUUGGUCGUAAUGCUAGCAAAGCAGAAAGAGACGAGUUUGAGGCCUGGGACAAAAAGAACAACUGCAGACCCAAGAUGAUUGAGGCUAUUCAGAAGGAAUUUCCCGACUUGGGACUGACGUACUCGAUCGGCGGACAAAUCUCGUUCGACGUAUUCCCCACGGGAUGGGACAAGACAUAUUGCUUGCAGCACGUUGAAGCCGAGGCAGAUCCUAGCAAGGGCUUGUCUGGAAUCAAAUACAAGAAUAUCCAUUUCUUUGGUGACAAGGCGUUCAAGGGGGGCAAUGAUUGGGAAAUCUAUAGCGACCCUCGGACCAUUGGUCACGCAGUCAAGGGGCCCGAGGAUACCAUGGCCCAGCUCAAGGAGCUCUUUGACCUCUGA